AUGAAUCCUAUGCACGAGAUUCGCAUGUCGGCAUCGCCUGGAAGAGCACCACAGGUCAUACACCAGCAUGAAGUGGGCAGUCCAGUACGAAGCGUACGUCCAGAGUUCCUGCUCGAGUCGAUCAAUAGCCAGGCAGAUUUCGGACCGCGAACAUUUCUGGACAACCCAUCACCAGACGAGGAAACACAUAUCCCAGACAUACCGAAUACACAUACUUUGCCCGAAGUCGAUGGCUCUCACGCUGAACAGCCGUCCUCCAAGCAAAGACGAUCGGGCCACUACCUGGGCGGCACCGCAGAGCAGUUUCAAUCGAACUGUGCUCCAGAUCGAAGAGAGCCCACGCCGCCUUCGCCUCGCUCGCCUGCAGAGCAGACAGAUUUUGAGAGAUACCAGCAGCUGACGCGUGAGAAUUGCAAGAGUGGAUUUGAUAGCGAUGAAGAUUCUUACAUUGGGUCGGUUGAGGAAAUGACGCCCGUUCGACCAGCGAGGAGAAGCAACACGAUUGUGGACAGUCUCUUCCACCAUAACUCUCCACAUGUGUUGGAGGAAGAAAGCCCGAUCUUGCCAAAACAUCAAGACCUGGCGGUGGCCAAUCACAUCAAGGAAGUGCAUCUUUCCACAAUGCAAGCUCUGACUGGCUUCACUGGUUCUUCAAAUGCACCACCCACACCUCCGCCGAUACCGAUGCGUGACUCACGGUAUCAAGACUGGCGAAACUCUCGAUAUCGAUCGGUCUCGGCGCCUGCGAAGAAGGUUACUAUGGCUCCGCCACCUAUCGAUACAUCGCGGAUAUCAGCACAACAACCACAUGUCAAGACACCGUAUCCUUUCCGUGCCAUCCAUCGCAAGGAGUUUGGCCGUCAAUUCUCAGCAUCCGAACCUACUCUUCGCAGUCCUCGCGUGCACGACAGCAUACUCACACUCAGCAUCCGUCGCAGUAAUCCUAACAGCCGGCUGCGGCUCUCUACACUCACCAUUCCUGCCAACAGCGAGUUCAGCGCGGUCAAGAACCGCCAUCACAGUUCCGAUCGUGGUGGNAAAGAAUACACACCCCAAGACUUCGACGAUGCAGAACUGUUCCGCCAGCUACGGCGCCACUACAAAGAUCUCAUAGGACCCUGGCGCCACUUCUCUGCUCGAAGCUUGACGAUGGUCUGUGUAAGCGGCGAUGCCAGCAGACAAGCAGACUCAGGCUAUGGAUGGCUCCUGACUCCACGAUCCCCUCGCACGCUCGCCUACAAAGGUCUCAACGACACCUUCAGCGAAGAGAAACUCUUGCGCUUNUUUCACAACCCCAAUGCAGCAGGNAAAAGUCGGUAUGCGUGGGUGAGUUGGGCACACAGAUUAGCCGAUGCACCCGCAAUAACCACGCCUUUGCCUCCUUCUGCUUCUCCAUCUGCAGCACUAGAUAGUGCACGCACACCUGUCUCUGCGGGAACUACAUCAACGGUCAAUAACCGCUUCUCGAUGAUCAGACGAGCAGAACAGCAUGAAGGCCUUGAGUUCGUGGUCUCAUGGUCCGUACGGCGUAUCCUUCUUGCUCUCACUCUGGUUCUGGUGCUUAGUCUCGCGGCAACCUUGCUUUGGGUCUUUCUGGGCAAGAACUCACAUUCUGCUGCAGGACAAGCUGGGUUUCUCGGUGCUGGAGAUAGGGUUGUUGCAGGAGUCGUGAUGGGGAUUUGUGUUUUGCUGAUCGGGUGUUUUGGGGUGGGAGGAUGGGUGGGGAUCAGUUGGUUGGUGUUGUAG